CAGGACAUAGUCACAUACUUGUGUACAAUGAAAAGUAUACAAUACGAUCGAUCAUAUCAGAUCCGACCCAACCUUAACUACCAGUACGUAACGCCUUAACGCCACUAACCCCGAAGCGACUCCACUGCUCCGUUCAAUAUAUCUUUUCCCCGCUCGAACUUUUUUUCCAAUCCCGCAACUCACUCCUCCCCUCACCACUACCCACAUACACAUACACAUACACCUCACCCUCCCAACACCAACAAAAUGGAAAACACUCUAGACGACAUCUUCGGCUCCUCCCCACCCCACGACGCCCACAACCACAACCACCACCACAACCACCACCACACUCCCGCUCCCGCAACCGAACCCUCCGACCUCCCCUCCCUCCGCCGCCAACACGUCACCGCCGGCUACCGCGACGGCCUUGCCGCCGCCAAAUCCACCCAAGUGCAAUCCGGCUUCGACGCGGGCUUCCCCGUCGGCGCCCAGCUCGGCAUGCGCGUGGGCACGAUCCUGGGGAUCUUGGAGGGGGCGAUCCGCGGGCUGGAGGAGCCGGCGCGGAAGGGGGUCCGUAAGGAUUCGCCUUUGCAGGCUGGUGAGGGUGGGGGUGCUACGGCUACGGCUACGGCAACAGCAACAGCGGAGGAGACGCCGCCGCGCGAGAGGAAACGCGCCGAACUGCUGGGGCUGUAUCGUCGGGCGGUCCGGGAGUUGGACAUCCGGAAGGUGUUUGGGGGGGUGGUUUCUGCGGAGGAACUUCCGGGUCAGGCCGGGACUGGGAAGCAGACGGAACUGCCCGAGACGAAACUGGCCCGCAAGGCGGAGGAGGUGAUUUCGGCGUGGGAGCGGAGGGUCCAGGUGGCGCUGUGGGAGGAGAAUAUGGAUGCGUUGGAGUUGAAGGAGUUGUCGGGUUGA